AUGAAUAGCUUUUUCAACAGAUCACCAAGACACCAGAAUGUCCAGGACAUUGGAGACAUUUCCCAGUCAAUGGAAAACAUCUCCAUCUCCAGCAACAUGAUGGACAUAGACACCAGCUAUAGAUCACCAACCAAUAAAAAUACAAACUUCACUGCAAAUGCCAACACCACUGCUAUUCACCAACCCAUCCUCAACAAGGAAAACAUCACUCCUCUAAGCUCACCCACAAAAUCAAUACUACACACUUCACCAACAUCCACCCCAUACAACAAAUCCAGAUUUCACCAAACACAGCCACAACCACAACCACAGCAACAACUACCUUCUACCGCUUCUGCUGCUGCACCACUUACACCAACACGUCUCAACCAUAAUCAACGCACAUUACAAGACAAUAUCAACCAGUUGCAACCACCACCAUCAAGCCAAAGAUACAAACUAUCAGAACAAGAGUUUAGAAAAAAAGCCAAUAACCCCAAAACCAAAAGACUAACCUCGGUUGCCCAACUAUACUUUCUCGACUACUACUGCGACAUGUUUGACUAUGUCAUUAGCAGACGCGAACGCACCAAGUUUGUCGAAAACAAAUUAUUAACCGACCCCAACUUCAACCAAGACUUGCAAAGACAACAAUUGGAAUGGAAAAACUAUAUCGGAAGAGAACGCGCACUUUUGCGCAAACGAAGACUAAAACCAAAACACCGCGAUUUCGAAAUGAUCACCCAAGUUGGCCAAGGAGGCUACGGCCAAGUGUUUUUAGCACGCAAAAAGGACACAAGAGAAAUUUGUGCCUUGAAAAUAUUGAACAAAAAACUACUUGUCAAAUUAGAUGAAACCAGGCACGUGCUCACUGAACGAGACAUUUUAACCAAUACAAGAUCAGAAUGGCUAGUCAAACUCUUGUAUGCCUUCCAGGACACCGAGAAAGUAUUUUUAGCCAUGGAAUUUGUACCGGGAGGAGACUUUAGAACGUUGCUAAACAAUACUUCCUAUUUGAUCCCACCACAUGCAAGAUUCUACAUUAGUGAAAUGUUUGCCGCAGUAAACUCACUUCACGAGUUGGGAUUCACGCAUCGUGACUUGAAGCCAGAAAACUUUCUCAUCGACUCCAAGGGUCACAUCAAGUUGACAGAUUUUGGAUUGGCAGCAGGAACGGUAUCUAACGACAGGAUAGAAUCAAUGCGAAUCAAAUUGAAAAAUUUGGAAAACGGCGACGAUGGCACUUACCAAGUACCAUCACGAGUAAUGAUGGAGAGACAAAAAAUCUUUAAACAAAGUCAAGGACAUCACAACUUGGCCAACUCAAUUGUUGGAUCCCCCGAUUACAUGGCAUUGGAAGUAUUGGAAGGGAAAAACUAUGAUUACACAAUUGACUAUUGGUCAUUGGGAUGCAUGUUGUUUGAAGCACUCUGUGGAUACCCACCCUUUUCUGGAUCCAAGCAAGAUGAAACUUAUCACAAUUUAAAACACUGGAAAACAGCAUUGGUACGGCCACAAACCAAGGAUGGCCGUUUUGUGUUUAGCGACCGAACAUGGGCCCUAAUCAUAAAACUUAUUGCAUCUCCAUCUAACAGAUUAAGGACAUUUAAACAAGUUCAGCAGAUGGCCUACUUUGCCGACGUUAAGGAUUGGGAUAACUUGAGACAACGCACACCGCCAUUCACACCGCAAUUGGACAACGAAGAAGAUGCAGGAUACUUUGACGAUUUCGAAGACGAGGAAAUGAUGGCCAAAUACAAAGACGUGUUUGCUAGGCAAGAGCAAAAUGAACAGUUACUAGAGAGAAAUAAUACUCUGGGAGCACCUAAAAAGAGAUUUUUGGAAAACAAUUUUAUCGGAUUCACAUUUAAACACAAGUCUAAUCCAAACAAUAAGUUUGCCAAUGGAGAAAUCAACUUGUUGAAUAACCAAAACAACAACGGAGGUAACUAUACCAAUUCCUUAUUUGGAGGAAACUUUAGCUCGACUAGAUUAAACCCUUUAGCUACUUUAUAUUAA